ACCCACACUCACCACCAUGUCAUGAGAGUUCACGUCCCACGCAGGACACCGUGAUCACAUCAGGGGACAGAGGACAGUAAAUCCCCGAGAGACGAGACACGCAGUGAGGAGGCGCUGUGUGUUGCGUGUGCGUCUGUACGAGCGCGCGCGCGUGUGUGUGUGUGCGUAUUUGGACCUGUUGAUCAUCAGUGACAGAUCUGCCGCUCCCAGAUUCACGCGCUCACCCACGCGCAAUUAUGUCACCGUCAUCUUUUCUGCUCUUCACCUUUUCUCACCUGUUGGCGCCUCUGCUUCUCUGUUACCUGCCUCAAGGGUCCACGCAGAAGACCGCCUCGCGGUGGUUGAUCGGCGACAGAGACAGUCACUGUGGGAUCAUCUGCACACGGACGCAGGGGAAGCCGGUGUGUGGCUCGGAUGGGCGGAGCUAUGAGACCGGCUGCGAGCUGCAGAGAGCGCGCUGCAAAGACAAGACACUCGCAUUGGCACACCGCGGACGAUGUCGAGGCAAAAACUGGGUGAAACUUGACCAGUUGGCUGUGGUACCAGUACCGACCUCCACCUCUGAGGGGAGAGACCUGGAGCUGAAAGAUGCAGAUCAGUCCAAGUGUCGUGUUGAGAGGAACCAGGCUUUGGAACAAGUCAGGAGACCUCAGGAGUCCAUGUUUAUCCCAGAAUGCAACGAAGAUGGGACGUUUGCCCAGGUCCAGUGCCACACUCUGACAGGUUACUGCUGGUGUGUCACCAGUGAUGGGAAGCCAGUGAGUGGCUCGUCUGUGCAGAACAGGACCCCAGUGUGUUCAGGGUCAGUAACAGAUAAACCACCUGGGUCAUCGAACUCUGGUAGAAAAGUUUCUUUCCGUUUCUUUCUCACCCUCAACCCAGAUGAUGGCUCCAAGCCUACACCCACCAUGGAGACUCACGUCCCCCCUGAGGGUGACGAGAUCACUGCUCCAACGCUGUGGAUAAAACAGCUGGUUAAACAGAACAGCUCCACCUCCAGGAAGCAAGAGAAAGUUCCCUCUUGUGACCAGGAGAGACAGAGCGCCUUGGACGAGGAUCAGCAGAACCCUCGUGAGGCCAUUUUCAUCCCCGACUGUGGACCUGGGGGCCUUUACAAACCGGUCCAGUGCCACCAGUCCACAGGAUACUGCUGGUGUGUUCUAGUGGACACAGGACGGCCCAUUCCUGGAACCUCUACUCGGUACCAGAAGCCCGAGUGCGACAACACUGCGCGAUCUCGUGUCUCAGAUACAGAAGAUCCCUUCCAGGGCAGAGAUUUGACAGGCUGCCCAGAGGCGAAGAAAGUGGAAUUCAUUACAAGCUUGUUAGAUGCCCUCACCACAGACAUGGUGCAGGCCAUUAACUCACCAACCCCCUCUGGUGGUGGGAGGUUUGUCGAGCCUGACCCCAGUCACACUUUAGAGGAGAGAGUGGUGCACUGGUAUUUCGCCCAGCUGGAUAACAACAGCAGCCAGGACAUAAACAAGAAGGAGCUGAAGCCUUUCAAGAAGUACCUGAAGAAGAAAGCCAAACCCAAGAAAUGCUCCCGCAAGUUUGUCGACUACUGCGACCUGAAUAAGGACAGGGCCAUUUCUCUGCACGAGCUCAAAGGCUGCCUGGGUGUCAGCAAGGAGGGUAGCUCAACGAGUGGCAAUCAAGGGACAAGGCAAGGGACAAAUUUGUUCAUAGGUCGUCUGGUAUGAGAAGAGAAGGAUCCAGAAGCUGAGAUGAGAGCAGAGGGCACAGAGGGAAAGCAUCUGUACGCUUGCUGACAGGAAAGAGAAAGAUGGAGCAGAAAAAUUAAGACGUUCCUGAGAUGUGGGACAGAAAAAAAAAAAAAACGAAGUGGCGCCAAAAUAUUUGCACUUUCGCCUCCCUAUGUUUGAAAUUGUACCUGUUUGUAUGUGGAGUUUUUUCUGAAGUGACUGAAAAGGUUCUAGAUAAGAAUAUAUUUGUAAAGAGAUUACAUGAGCAGCUCACCACUGGAAGAGCGAGCGGGUUCAUGUUACUUCAUUUCUCCCAUGUGUUCUGUCUGCCAUAUUUAGUGGCUACACAUUUAAACGUAUACACAGGUAGUGGUGGGCCACUAAAGUCAAACUCCCAUUCAAUCUCUUUCUGUCUAAAUGUCGCUCGAUACACAUUUCAAACUCCUAAAGGAAGAACUGUGGUGGUGUAGACGAGUUCGAAUGAAUGUGCCAUUUCUAUGUGAACAUUAGAAUUAAACUGUGAUCACAGAGUCUAAAUUAUCAGGCCAGAAUUAGCUGUGUGAAGCCCCCUUGCACUGUUGCAUGCAACACAUUUGACUCAACAAUCACAUUCUUGUGAAGAAAAUCUGUCUUAUGUGUGUUUUUUGUGUGUCGGGCAAAGCUAGCUGUGAAUAUGUGGUUACUUUACUAGCUUACUUUUUUUGUGCAACCCAAAAACCAAGGCAAGACCAUUAUGAUGUAUGUACUUUGUGGUUUUCCUGCACAAGAUUCCUUGACUCUUUUUUGUCUACAAAGUUUGUACUAAUAAACUUUUUUUUUUUGUAAGUUUAGUAAGAACAUAUCUUUCAAAAAAAAAAACAUAGUAACUGAUUGUGAGAAUUGUGAAACGCGUAAAGCAGGUAUUAGAGUAAUUUUACCGUCAUGUCCUAUCUUCCACUCACAAUACUGGUACAGUAGAUACACACUGCUAACUGUAUAAUCAUAUAGACUUACACUGAAACACGGCUUUAUAUACAAACUAAAGCCGCUUACAGCUUUAGAGACUUCAAAACUAAGGACAACCCUGAAACAUUAUUGUCUGUAUGAUGGUUAGCAUGUUAGCAGAAGCUUGCUAACACCUAACCAUUUUCGCUCUGUUUUGGUUUGUCUGUAUGAUUUUGAUAACUAAACAAAAGAGGUGAAUGAAAACUAUCCAACUACAGCUUUAAGGUCAAACCACCACGAAUAAACCAUUGGUUUACACAUAUCCUGCACACUGUGUUGUGUAACUUAUCACCGUGGCUACUUUUCUCACCCCCCACUAAGCGAAUAUUAAUUACCACUGCAACUAACAGUUAUGUUCAUUAACCUGUCGUUUAUUUUCUCAAUUUAAUGGAGUCAUUGCUUGGACCAUAACAUGUCCGAAAAUGUUGAUCGGUGUUUCCCGAACCUAGAAAUGAUGUUCUCCGUUCUAAUUAUUCGUUUGUGAUAUGGGGGGAAAAGAAAACUGAGAAAUCAGAGAGGUUGUUAACACUCAAAGCAAUUCAAAUAGUAAAGUUUGAACGAUGAAUCAUGCGAAGACAAGAGAAGAAUUAAGAAUAUGUUGAAUAAUUUAGUUAUGCCGAGGUUUGAGGGGAGGAUGUUCAGAUUUGCCCCAGUCCCUUUUGCUUGGGGACGCAGCAUAUUAAUCAUAAACUCCAUAUGCUAUUCAUUUUUAUGAGCAGUGAUCAAAAGUUCAUCUCUGCACAGUCUCCAGGUUUAUUUUUCGCCUAACAGAACACCGUCAAGACAAAUGUUUAAAAUACACUUUAUAUUAUUGUACUAUAAAAGAACCUGCUAUCUUAUAUUUAAAUAUAAGAUGUUUAUGUGGGCGAGGAACCCAUUAAUAUCUGCUCAUUUUCACUGUCAUGCUCACGUUGAUCCCUGUGAAUGUAAACAACGCUGUUGUAAAAAUGAGUGCAGUCACGUUGCGUGUAAACACACUCCGUGUCUGUCCUCCAACAGCUGAUGCCAGCCAGCGCUCUGCGAAACGCUCGCGCACACGUGGAGCUUUGCCACCUCAUGUAAGAGUCAGUCAGUUCUGUCAGGGUGUUUGAGGAACAGGGAGGAAAAAACCUGAUCAACAAGUUUUGGUAUGUGAAAAAAUUAUUCACAUUUGGGAAGGAUUGGGACAGGAUUGUACGUUGGGAAGAACUGUGAGCUACUGAUGUGGUGUGAAUGUCUGUUUUGAGUUGUGUACGUUUUUCUUAUUAAAUUCCCAAGAGUCACUGCGAUGGCUGAUGAACACGUGACAAAAA